GCAGCAGCAGCAGGAGGAGGAAGGAGAGGAGAUACAUCCCCAUAAAAAAAAAAAAAAAAAACUGCCCGAGCAAACAUGGUCGUUGUGCGGUUCGUCGCGUGCCUGUGCCUGCUCGUGGGCUUCACGCUCCAGGUGGACCUCGUCAAAAGUGGGAAAGAGGAAUCAGGAAAAGCUGGGAACUUUAUGGAAGAUGAGCAAUGGCUGUCAACCGUCUCCCAGUACGGCCGGAAGAUCAAACACUGGAAUCGCUUCAGAGACGAAGUUGAGGAUGACUACAUCAAGAACACAGAGGAGAACAUGGGCUCUGAUGAAACCGUGGACACCACCAAGGACCCUUGCCAGAACGUGAAGUGCAGCCGCCACAAGGUGUGCGUUGCUCAGGGCUACCAGAGGGCCAUGUGUGUCAAUCGCAAGAAACUGGAGCAGAGAGUAAAACAACCCUUGCUGUCGGAGGCCCAUGAAAGCAGCUGCAAGCCUUGUCCUGUUGUUGCCUCCACCCCCGUAUGUGGCUCUGAUGGACACAACUACGCCUCCAAGUGUAAAAUGGAGCAGCAAGCUUGCCUCACAGGCAAAGACCUGAGCAUCAUGUGCACUGGCUUUUGCCCCUGCGCCACAACCCCUGUUUCCACAGACUCAAAGCGUGAGAGCUGCACAGGCCAGGACCUGGCAGACCUGGGCGACCGCCUCAGAGACUGGUUCCAACUCCUUCAUGGAAACGCCAAGCAGAAUAACUCUGGCAAGCUGAGAGCUGGCACUGCUUCAGCGUUGGACAGGAGCCUUGUGGCAAGCUGCAAGGACUCCAUUGGCUGGAUGUUCUCAAGGCUGGACACAAACAGCGACCUGUAUCUGGACCAAGCUGAGCUGGCUGCUAUCAACCUGGACAAGUACGAGGUUUGCAUCCGACCCUUCUUCAACUCUUGCGACAGCUACAAGGACGGGAAGGUCUCCACGGCGGAGUGGUGCCUCUGCUUCUGGAGGGAAAAGCCGCCGUGCCUCGCCGAGCUGGAGAGGAUCCAAAUGCAGGAGGCAGCCAAGAAGAAGCCAGGGACAUACAUCCCCAGCUGUGACGAGGACGGCUACUACAGGAAAGUACAGUGUGACCAGAGCCGAGGGGAGUGCUGGUGUGCCGACCAGCAUGGGGGAGAGAUGAUGGGCACCAGAAUCCAUGGGAAUCCUGAUUGUGAUGAAGUCGCUGGAUAUUCUGGAGAUUUUGGGAGUGGAGUGGGAUGGGAAGAUGAGGAGGAGAAGGAGGCGGAGGAUAACGGAGAGGAGGCAGAGGAGGAGGAAGAGGAGGAGGGCGAGGCAGACGAUGGAGGAUACAUCUGGUAGAACUGUCUGACCGCUCGUAAGAGAGAGAGUCAAGUCGCAGCUGCUGGUCUGAAAAAUCUACAGGGACGGCUCUCUCCUGGCAGCAAAGGAUUUUUGGGAUGGGACUGGGGUGUCAUGGAGCUGUUUAUCAUCCUGGUGCGAUACGUGGUGCUGGUCCAGUGAUUACACAAUGACCAGUUUUUGUCUUAGAUAUGUGUAAUUGCUUCAUUAUCCUCUCUGUUUUUUACUGACAGAGCUUUUUGUUUUGCUGUCCUGAGAAGCAGGACCCACCGACUACUGCAAAAUAGGUAGCUAUAAAGUCCAUCAGAGUUCCUUUCUUGUCCAACGGCCAUCUAUGCAUAUAGAGAUUACCAGUAAUUUUGUAUCGUGCAAAAAAUUCUCUGAGUAUUACAGACGCCGUCACACUGGGAUCGAAAGAGAUCAGAAUCAAGUGAGGAUUUGACAUAAAGGGAAAUAUGCUUGUUUGCUUUUUGAUCUAAUAUUUGAUGCAACCUGUGGUUUAGAUAUGAAGCUAAAGUUAGGAGAAGUGUAGCUCAGCUUAGCUUAGCAUUGUUGAGAUCUUUAAAAAAAAACAAAAAAACAAUCCAAGCAUUGAAAGCUCACUUAUUAACUUUUUCUCAUACCUUGUGUUAUCAGUACAAAAGCAUCAUUUUGUACAUGCAUGCAUGUUGUGUUUUCUUGAACUGUUCACUAUACAAUACAGGAAGUCUCUGCAUCGGGAAAACGAGAGAGAGAGAUGAUCCACUAAAACACUACCCACAAUUAUUUAUUUUUUUACAAAUCAGACAUUAAAAAAAAGGUGUUGGAGAAAGGCUCAAAAGAUACUUUGAGGUGCUUUCUGUUACUUUUGGAUAGAGCUAUGCUAACUGUUUACCCCUGGUUAAGUUCAUUAAUGCUAAAGUAAGGGGAUAUUUUUAGGCAAAGGAAUUUACCAGCUUUCAAAGGGUCGCUUUGGAUGACGAAUGGAAAAUGAUCAUCUUUAUCUGAGUUUACUCUUGGCUGUAGAAAUCUCUUAUUUGAAUCUUUCUGCUCCCAAACAUUAUUUUCAGUAACUUUCAGUAACAACCUCACUAUACACUAAAUGCACAACUAAAUGGCAAGCAGACAACAUAGCAUCAAACUGGUCAACGAAGCGACGCACUUAGUUGCUAAAGAGAUGGAUACUUUCUCCCAGGAACUAUAUCAAUAAUUACAUAUAUUAAUGACGUUUUCCUUAUGGCUGUAAAGAUGACCCCGAGUCAGUGUGAGAGUUGCUCCAUGCAUGCUUGAUGUGUAAAUGAGUAACUCUAUGCUAAAAUAUUUAAAUUAAGAUGUUUACAAUAUGGCUUCAUAUCAACCACACAGACCGAGUUCGAUUGAGCUACUUAUCCAUGCCAGAGAGUUAAUGGGCAUGUUUCCUAAAUGUCAAACCUUUCCUUCAAAGCCACUCUGUCUAAUGAUGUUAUGUAUUUCCAAACUGAUUCUGUAAAUAAAUCCAUUGUAAAUUAUCAAGUUAAGCAGAUUUCAGGUAACAACGGUUUCGAGCUACCUUUACGUUUAAGGUGUAGCUUACAAAGCUCUUACAAAGUUUUUCAAGAUUAGCCUAGUGUACAUGCUUUACAAAUUAAGUGCGACACAAACAGGACCUAUAUUUCCAGUUGGAUUUCUUUGAUUGAAAACCUGUAGAAUGUAAUUCAAUGACCCCCAAACUGCACCUACAGUAGAAUCCACUAGCUGCUGUCCUCUGCUAACUCUGAAAAUCAUGUCAAAGAAUGUGCCAUAAAUAUGUUUUCUUCUGUUUGCAGCUUAAAAAAAAAACUGUAUUUUGUGUUUAUAAAAAAAGAAAAGUGUGCAUUACUUGAAGUUCUUUGUGUAUACUUGAAUUCACAUUGUAAUUUUUUUCUAUGAGAUUAUCGUUGCCAUGGCUUCAUUCAUGCUAUUAGUAGGUCAGACAUUUAGUAGUUUUUAGUAUUGCAUGUUAGGAAAUAAGAAUGUACUCCUCGGCUGAGCACUUUACUAAUAAAGGCACAUGGAGCCAA